AUGCCGAGAGAUAUCACUCCAGAAGACAUUGUGAUUCUCGUCGACGGCCGCGGUGCUUUGGUCGACCUUGACGGUCCUGGUUUACGGUCGACGCACGAUUAUGAGAUCCUAUCUGACAGUGGAGACCCACUUCAAACCGGCAUGUUUCCCUUCAUGUCUGCAGAGCUGCUGGGACAUCCGUAUUACCCACCCGACGACGCCACUGAGCCCCCAGUGCAUCACUUCAUCCAUGAUUUGGAGAGUUUUCUCUUGGUCCUGGUAUGGAUAUGCCUUACACGGGAAGGCCCGGCAAAGCGUCGACGUGAUUUAUCGUCGACGCAACAAACCGAACAACUCUCCGGACUUCAAGGGAUAGUCAAUGAUCUCUUCGAGGGUGAAAAAAAUCUCAUGAUGCGUACCAAACUCCAUCUCAUCCACACUGCUACCCGACGGCGCCUGGUGGAUGUCGAGCUCCUCCGCUAUGUGUCCGACUUCAUGGCGCCACUCAAAGAUCUCAUCUUUGAGUUCCUUUCUCUCAUCAGCAUUGCCUACGAAGACAAUCGUAGAGAUGCUCAAGCUGUCUACGAGGACGCUCUCCGAUUGUUCGACAAGCACAUCAGGAGCCUACAGAAAGAAGACCCGUCCGGGCUAUCCAAGAAGCCCCGAGAGAAUAAGGAGUGACGGAGGGAUUUGACAUCGGGAACACCUGGGACACGUCGCCCAGUGCCAGGAGAACGGCGAAACCGAUGACGACCCACCACUCCCCAGUCCAAGCGGCCCCGGCCGCUUGACCCACUCCAGCCGCUUUCCGAGGAUCGCGAGUCCGGCCAGGGAUCACGAUCGUCGUCGUUGUCUAGGAACAGGCCGCUCCGUCGCUGGUGUCGUCGAGUGUUAGAGGAGUUGGUGCGGAUGGUCAUGAGCGUUGUCUUGUCACGGUAAAGACGGCGAGUGUUCUGCGGAUUUUUUUACGGGGCAUAGGUUGUAUAAAUUCGUUCUUCUCGUAUCGAAAUCGUACUACGAGCAAAGAGUGACUGACAGCGUUCCCACUGGAAGCCAUACCACCCCGAGUGAUCAAUGAUGCUAACAUUCUACUACUGGUACGUUAGCAUCUCUGUGAAAUCAAACGUCAUUCAUGGUGUAGAAUGAUCACACUGUA